UGCUUUUGCUGAACUUCACGGCAGAAAGAAGAGCUGCUCUUCACGGCAACCAACCGAGUAACUGCUAUCUGGGGGUAGCCUCACCGCUCUGCGAAUUGAAGAAGAUGGAAGAGAAAUGAAAAGUUGGAAAACCAUAAAACUAGUAUUGUGGCCGAAACGCAAAGCCCCAACAUCCGCCAUAACAAAAUGGUUUUCAAAAUUCUGUUUUCUUCUUCAUCUUCUUCUUCGACGGCAGCAUUCAAAGGGAAAGGUAAUAAACUCUCCUCUCUCUUCGCUUCCCCGCGCAAACCCAAUACUUCAUAUCUUAAAUCUGAAUCCCCUUCUCAGAACCUGACCCAAGUUUUGAAGGUCCUUAAAACUAAGUCCAAUUCAGGUAAUAUCACGCUCAAUGAAGCUUUGCAACUUUUUGAUCAAUUGAUUCACAUGCAGCCCACUCCUAAAAUGUCAUCUUUAAAUAUGUUGUUGGGAGCAGUAGCUAAGAAUAAACACUGCGCUGAUCUUGAGUUGUUUUACAAAAGACUGGUUGCAAAUGGAUUUUUUCCUGAUCUUUUUACUUUAAAUAUUUUGCUGAAUUAUUUUUGCAAUACUAGUAGGGUCGCGGUUGGUUUUUCUGUGUUGGGAAGGAUUUUUAGAAGCGGUUUUAGGCCAAAUGCAGUGACCUUUACCGCUUUAGUUAAAGGGUUGUGUAUGCAGGACAAUGUUUGUAAGGCCACCAAAUUGUUUGAGAAGAUGAUUGUCUUUGGUUGUAGGCCUGAUGUGGUUACAUAUGGGACUUUGAUUAAUGGGUUGUGUCGAACAGGGAACCUCAAUCUUGCGGUUCAAAUACAUGAAGAAAUGUACCGUGAAAACCUUGCUUCUGGUGUUAAUCUUGUUACUUAUAAUACCAUUAUUGAUGGCUUUUGUAAACAUGGGUUAAUAGAGGAGGCAAAAGAACUGUUUUUGGAAAUGAAGACUCGGAAAAUCUGUCCAAAUGUUGUUACUUAUACCUCUAUAAUUUCUGGAUUAUGUUUGAGGGAUAAAUUGGAAGAAGCUAAGGCCUUUUUUGUUCAGAUGCUAGAUCAAGGUAUUGGCCCCAAUGUAUUGACAUUUAAUGUGUUAAUCGAUGCAGUGUGCAAGAAAGGUAACAUAGAAGAAGCGAAGGGGUUUUUUGAAUUAAUGAUUUCAGAGAGGGAAAUUCCUGAUACAAUAAGUUAUAAUACACUGAUAGAUGGGUAUUGUUUGGUGGGUAGGACAGAUGAUGCAAGGGAGCUGUUUCAUCGUAUGAUAAUUGAGGGAUGUGAACAUGAUAAUUUUAGUUACGAUAUAUUGAUCAAUGGCUACUGUCAGAAUAACAAGGUUGAAGAAGCUAUGUGUCUUUUUAGGGCUAUGAAUUCUGAAGCCAUUAAACCAACAAUUAUUACGUUUAAUACAUUAAUGAAGGGUCUUUUCAAGGCAGCGAGGGUUGUGGAUGCAAAGAAACUAUAUGAUGAGAUGCAAAUAUUUUCUGUUGAACCAGAUUCAGUUACCCAUAAUAUUUUUAUUGAUGGACUUUGCAAGAAUGGUUGUGUUCCCGAGGCAAUACAAAUGUUUUAUACUUUAGACAAUGGAAAACGUAAUAUCGAAACCUUCAACUGCAUGAUUGAUGGAUUGUUUAAAACAGCAAAGAUCAAAAUUGCAUGGGAACUAUUCAAUAGAUUGUCUCAUGAAGGCAUGGUGCCAACUGUAGUAACAUAUACCACUAUGAUCUAUGGACUAUGUAAAGAGCGGCAAUUGGAAAAGGCAAAUAAUUUGCUAUUAGAGAUGGAGAAGAAGGGUUGUGCUCCGAAUGUGUUCACAUUUAAUGUGCUGAUGAAUGGAUUCUUGCAAAGUAACAAAACAGAAAAAGUUGUUGAACUUCUUUACAAAAUGCAUGAGAGAAAUUUAUCACCAGAUGCCACUACUAUCUCCAUAGUGGUAGACUUACUAUCAAAGGAUGAAAAUUAUCGCGAACAUCUAAAAUUGCUUCCAACAUUUCCUACUGGAAAAGCCAACAGGAAAGAUGAGAAUGUCAAUGUUGAGUUCCUACCAUGAGUUCGGGGAACAUCGUGUUACUUGUUUCUAAUUUUCUGAGGGAAAAACCAUACAUGAAGCUGCCCUUUUUUUUUUGCCCACUCAUGAAGAUAUUUAGAAGUGCUGGCGUAUUCUGAAGGAUUAAAUUGCAGAGGCUGUUGCCUUAUAUAGCAUCGCUUCCCUAAAUUCAGAUGCUUAUGCAAGAGACAAGAGCGGAGACCAAUAUUCACUAUCUGAAGGGGCAUUUCCGUAGAGAUCUCUUUCCUUCUUUUAAGUCUUGAUAACUGCCAGUUUUUGAAGAAAAUGGUGUCCAUAUGUGAAGCGGCCUCUAGGCCCUGCUUUGACAACACAAGGAAGAAGUUACCUCUCUAUAUAUAAUGCACAUGUACCAGGGGUGUAUUUUAAGGGUGAUCGAGUGAGAAAGGAAGCGAAACUUUUUUGUGAUGAGGAACUAUCUUUUCUAGUUUAAGGACAAUAUAGCUUGUACGAAAUCAAAAAACUUUUAGUGACCACAAUACGUCUUCCAUGAGAUGUGGGAUAAGGUGAAGUUUUUGGCAUCAUUAUGGGUGAAGGUGCAUGGAAAAUUCUUUAACCUGCCUAUUUCUCAACUCCAUUGGAAUUUGGAGAUUAUUAUUUUCUGUCACUAAUUUAGUAUAUCCUGUAUGAUUUUUAUUUAUUUGUAAUUUUUAGCUUAUUAUUUUCUGUAAUUUCUGGAGGAUAUCUCUUCCUCAUUUCUUUGGACUGUUCUCCUCUUACCUUAAUAAAUCCUUUUUUUUGUAAUCAAAAAACAGUAUUUGUUUUUUCAUAAAAUAGAAACGUAAAAUUAUGAUCAAAUACUCUAUAAUAUUGAAAAAUGGAGAAAUUAUUGGAAACCGAAUUUAUGUAUGAUUGAAUAUUGUCACCGAUAGGGCUUAACUUUUUCUGCUUGAACUUAAUCUUGUGCAAUUUUUAAAUUUCUUAUUUGCUUUUGGUCUGAACCUCACAUAGAAUAUGUAAAUUCCUUAUGAUAUGAUAAAUUGCUAAUGCUGUAAUUGGACAUCUGGUGCUAGCAAAAUUGCCCUUAACUGUGCCUGUGUUUCUUGAUGGUUUGGCUGUGCAAACUUUGUGAAUAUUACUUCUGUUUAAUAUCUAGUGUAGAAAUAAGUGGUCCGGAAGUGCAGAAUCCUCAACGGUUUGCUUUUAAGACAAAAAUUUAUUGAAUCCUUUUGUAAUUUUUCAUGGCUCUUAGACCUUUUAUUUCUAUGACUGGGUUGUGUAAAAUAUUAUCUUUGUCUAGGCAGUUGCAUUUAGUUGAAACAGCAUGAUGCUCACAUUCUAUAGUUACUGAUGACUCAAGUUUGAUUUGUAUCUCCUGUUUAACAUAUAUACAUUUAUGUAUAUAUAUUACUCUCUUUUAGACAAUUAAUUGGGUGGAAGUGGCUGCAGUUUGGUGAGAAGUGCUACUCUUCGUUUGGCAGCCAUUGUUAUGUUACAUUGUCUUAUAAUCUUUUGUCUACUUGCCAUGCUCAGAACUUGUAUUUUACAUGGAUACAACUGAUUCUUCUACUUUUUUCGAGUGUUCAGUACCAAGAAAGAAAAACAGAAAGUUGAAUACAGAGAGUGUAUGCGAGAUUUGACUAGAUAGUCAAAGAGUUGGCAAUAGCGGAGAAGGUGGACACAAAAUUGUCUAGAUAGUCGUGGAAUUUCCAGCAGUUGACGAGCAAAGCAGCAUAGCAGGUCUGCAGCAGGCACACGCUCUCUUUGUGGCGAUAAAACUCGAGUGAGAGACUGAGGAUGACAAGAGAAGAGAGUUAGAGAUAUUAGGUUAGUUUAAUUUGUAUUAUCAGUCUACUCUUUUACCUUCCAGGCUCGAGCUAGACUGGAAUUUCACUAGAAAAAACUACAUUGAGGUGGUGGAGCAAUUUGAAUGCCUAAAUUUGUUGACUGGAUUGUGAUCUCUAAA